UAUUCAUUCAUUCAUUCAUUCAUCCAUUCAUCUCAAGAGCGUCGCGAUCACCAGGCCUAGCAUCAAAACGAGAUACAGAUGACUUCAGCAGGCCCCUCCGGAGCAGCCUCUCGGAGCCGAGACCCUCCAGCCCUCGAUGCUUCGGCCAAGCCGCAGGCAAAGCUGGAGGCCGACCAGCAAAAAGUCCUCAAGCUCUUUCAAGGAAUGUGCGAUUCUUUGACCAAAGACCAGACAAUGACUCUUGGUUAUGGAGACCGGCAAGAACUUGCGACCUGGUUUGGCAAGCUGAUGAAAUGCCUCGAGGAGAAUGACAAACAAGCGCUAGACACGCUGCGUAAAAGAGAUGCGGCUUUGAAGGAGGUCAAACGCGUCACCUCCGAGCUGAACGCAAAGAACUCUGAGCUGAAUUCGAUUGCCAAGAAGUACAAAGCUGAACAUCAAGUCCGAAAGAAGAUCAAGCUCGCGAUGGCGGAACUGUCAGACGGAUCGGACGAGAUCGGCGAGGACGAUGAAGAGUAGGCAAGGGAAGACUUUGAGGAGAAUGGUCUCAACGCUCCUUAUCACGCGUAAGCGCUCUGUGGGAGAGGUAAAUGGAAUGGAAUUGCGGACUCUGUCCAGGGGAAGAGACUCUGCUCCGAAAGGAUCACAAUGAUGUGGAUCACCAUCCUCCUCCCUUUCCAGCCAUUCUCGGCCAACUGCACCGAUCUCCUCAACACCCAAAGCCAACGAGAUCCAUAUCGCUCUCCUUGUCAAUAGUCCCUUUUCCCAGUCGAGAUCUCAUCCAAGUUACGAAUCGGUU